UCUGGCUCUCCGUAGCGGAGAAACCUGUCUCUCAUUCUCCCUUUAUUUGCCUUUAAAUCUAGGUCCAGCAAAAAAAUAUGUAACUGUCUUUGACGGAUAUACACCGAAAGGAUCUGCUGUCUGAUAAUUGGAAUAUACCGUAAAUAAUAAACAGAAUGGGGGACACAUAUGCUGCGUGGGUGAAUUGCCAGGACAUUUUGAUCUCUGUAUUUGGCACUAAGAAAAAUGAAGUGGCUGAUUAUAUCAUUAUUAGAAAGAAAUAAAACACGAGAUCGCGUGUUUUUAAGACUGAAUAAGAUGUGCCUUUUCCCGAUAGCCUAGCAGGUAACUAGCUUCAUGUAUUUCUGAAAGCUGUUUUCAGUUAUAGCUCGCUAGCUAACGGUCCUGAUUAAAUAGUUUUCAAAUUAGCUAGCUAAGGAUCAAGUGCAUCAACAAAGAAUGCAUUCCUAGGAGGAGGUUGCUAGCAAGCUAGCUAGCUGCCAUAAGGUGACCGCGUGACCCCCGCCCCGCCCCCCCCCAAUCCCAGACGGUGUCCAGCGGCGCGAGCGGAUGCCCGUAGCUGUGUGGCGGGGGCGGUCCUGACCAUGACCCGGCUGAUGUUGGGCCGGACCCUGGAGCGGAUCUGCAAGGCCGUCCUGCUGCUCUGCACGGUGCACUUCCUCAUCAUGAUGAUCCUGUACUUCGACGUCUACGGCCAGCGCUUCGACAUCUUCAGCCGCUUCAACAACGGCCGCAACGCCUCGCGCGGCGCCCACCACUACUACUACAACCUCUCCCGGCCCAACGGCACCUUCGCCAGCUUCCUGGCCUCCGCCGACCAGCUGCCGCCCAGCGCCCGACCCGAGGCCAACCACACGCCCACCGCCAAGCCCGUGCCGCCCUGCCCGGAGGCGCCCGCCGGCCUGGUGGGCCGCCUGCACAUCGAGUUCAGCUCCCCGAUGACGCUGGAGCGGGUGCAGAGGGAGAACCCCAGCGUGACGGAGGGGGGCAAGUACACCCCCCCGGACUGCCGGGCCAAGCAGAAGGUGGCCAUCAUCAUCCCCUUCCGGCACCGGGACAACCACCUCAAGUACUGGCUGCACUACCUGCACCCCAUCCUGCGCCGACAGAAGAUUGACUAUGGCAUCUACAUCAUUAACCAGCUGGGAGAGGACACCUUCAACAGGGCCAAGCUGCUGAACAUCGGCUACACGGAGGCGCUGAAGGACGCCGCGUACGACUGCUUCAUCUUCAGCGACGUGGACCUCAUCCCCAUGGACGACCGCAACCUCUACCACUGCUACGACCAGCCCCGCCACUUCGCCAUCGCCAUGGACAAGUUCGGCUUCAGGCUGCCGUACGCCGGGUAUUUCGGAGGGGUCUCCGGACUGAGCAAAAAACAGUUCCUGAAAAUCAACGGCUUCCCCAACGAGUACUGGGGCUGGGGAGGAGAGGACGACGACAUAUACAACAGGAUCACACUGAACGGCAUGAAGGUGUCCCGACCGGACGUGCUGAUUGGACGCUACAGGAUGAUCAAGCACGAGAGAGACAAGCACAACGAGCCCAACCCACAGAGGUUCAAUAAAAUCCAGAACACCAAGAACACCAUGAAGAAGGACGGCAUCAGCUCCCUGACGUACCGGGUGGUGCAGGUGAAGAAGUACCCUCUCUACACCAAUAUCUCCGUGGAGAUCGGCAAGCCCCCGCCCCGGCCUAUCAGGGGAUAGCGUGGAUGGGUUUCCAAAGAGGGACUGAUAUGCACACAGCCCCCCCCCCCCCCUUCCUGCUACCACCACCUCCAACACCCCCUCCCUAACUCCCCCCCACCACCACGCAUACCCUUUCUCAGCUGAGUUAACCUCUGCUGAUUCCCUCCUCACGCCUGGUCUGGACCCAGCGAUUGGAUCUGAAGGUCCAGUCAGCUCUCCAGGUACGAAUCUGGACAUGACUGCCCACGUUCAUCAGGACUUCAUCUUGGAUUGAGACGUGAGCCAAAACACCCGUUUUUCACGAGCGAGAGCGUUCGGCGCGUUUCGGCGACUGCGAUAACCGCAGUCGAUUAACGCCACAGCCUUUGUCCCGUUCACGCGCGAGGAAGCCCACAAGCGUUCGCCGCUGGUUAAUUCCAGGUCCUUUGAGGGUUAUUCACGCUCGUGUAAUUCACCAGGUGCGCCAAUUCUCGCGUGUCAGAGACGUGAGAACGCAUUUCAAACGUGACCCCCGUCUUUAUCCGUUCCCUCGGUUACAUUUCCUCAGCGACAGCACUUACGGGGAGAAAAAAAAAAAAACGAAUGUGUAUCGCACCUGUGCUCGCUUUGUGCAGAGUGCUUCUGGUUCCCAUAUCUCGCAAGUAAGUGAUUAACAGUCAAUAGAGGCUCCAGAUCUUGGAUCGGCUCCAGCUUCACCUCGGUCUGGGAUUCCGACCAAGAAAUCUCCCGAGCUUUCAGACGAGGGACGCCGUCUGCCAGCUAACAGAACUCGGAUCCAAGGACUCCAGGAAGCGAGUACAGCUGGUCUGCUAGCGGAGGAUAUACAAGAUGAAGGACCUGGUAAAAACCUGUGCUAAGAAGAAUUAGGACAGAGGAUGUGGGGGUGAGGGGGGGGGGGGGGGGAGGCCGGAUGAUUAGGAAGCGGUGUCUGCUCCUUAAGACGAUCGCUUCUGCUGGCUCCUCAGGUCGGAAGGACUUGGAAACGAAAUAUUGACGGCUCUUUGAACCGAAUCGAAAUCUUUGCUAUGUGAAGCUGGCCCCCCAAGAGUCGGCUACAGACGGAAUUUUAAAAAACAGAUUGCUAUUGUAUUGCUCAAAAAGGACUUGACACUCCAUGUUGUUUUUCAAAGUACCGUCCUCUCUUUUGACAAAAGCGAAACUGCAUUAAGGGCAUUUAUAUACUCUUGGGGGAAAUAGUGAAUAUUGCUACUGUGCUAUGGGUCCCAGAUUAAUUUAGGUGGUCUGAUUUUGUAUCUGUUGUUUACUUAAAAAGAACAUGAGAAUGUGUAAUGGCAAGAACAGGACAUUCAGCUGAAAAAUGACUUCCUGAUAUGAAAUUGACCUCCAGCUAAUUUCAACCUAUGCGCCCUUGCUCUGCUGACAGAACUGAAGUUAAAAUGGCUUCUGUGAUCCACUUCAUUAAUCCCGUUUAAAAAUUUAAAAAACGCAAUUUAAAUCUCCGCUAUAUAGUCCUCUGCGGCGAGAACUGUAAACGCUUCAGGAUCUGUCUAGCGGUGAUGUUGUAUCUGCUGUAUUGUGUAUAGUUGAUAGCAGCAGAGCCGGGAAGCUGGUUGGGAUCUGUAUAUCGGCUAUCGCUUAACGAUAGCGAGUGAGGGUCUGAGGCAAGUUCAGUGAACUUUGACCCCUUAAGAAGGCAGCAGGAUGUCACUAUUUCCUCCAUCAGCUUAUGUAAGCCUUUUUUAUAGUCUUAAGUAAGCCUUUUUUUUUCUUUCACUCUUCUUCCCUUUUUCCUUUUUUUGUACUGCCUAAACACCAAACUGAUGCCUUCAGAAUUUUUAUGAGGGGCAAACAAGAUUGGGAAUGCUGCAUUCUGGGAGAUUUUUUUAAAUUAACGUUCCUGUCUUGUGAAGUGAUGUGGAAACCUUUCUCUUUUGUACUAUCAAUGGUUUUCUUGGCCGGCUCAACACAGUCCAAGUACCUAAAAAAGGUCCCUCUCCCUUGUCUUAAUCAUUGUUUAUUUUAACGAGCCUUUUUAAAGAACGCUUACAUUUUCCUUUUUUUUUUAAACUGUCGACUCUUCCGCCCGACAUGACCUUUUAUUUAAAUCCCUGCCUCAUUUUCAUUCGGUAUCCAUCUUUCUCCCGAUGUGCCGCGUGUGUGUGAAUACCUCACUGUCCAUUUCCCCUUGGCCCAGCCCGCACGUGCAAUCGUGUCUGAGACGUGCCGCUUUGCUUUAAAAUCACAGGGAAAAUCGGGCGCUUUCAUUUACUGCCGUUUCCUUUCGAGUGCAUUACUUCUAUAGUCCGUGGCCUUGGUUACAUAAAGGCAGACUUUCCCGCUCUGUUCUAGGGCCUGCUGCACUGGCUAGCUCCUUUAUUGGCUAGCUCCUUUGCAGACACGGCCGCUUUUCAUCAUGUGUGCAUUACGUGUACAAUCAAAUAAUUCUAAGGACCUUACAAUAAAGGCCAUUACAGUCCUGUUGGGACUCAUUGCUUUCACUGAAGAGAUGAGCACAUACUGGCGAGCAUAUAGACUCUUUAAGUAAAAAGUAGUACGAUUGUGUAUUUCUGUAAAUGUUAGAGAGUGUAUCACUGGUAUUUGAUCGCUAAGGCAUGCACCGGUACAGCCUUUGGUUAAAGGUGUUAGUCUGCAUGUGCUACCUGGUCGUCUUUGUCCUGUCAGCGUUUGAAGUGAGCUAACUCCGCCGAGCCGUGGCGAAGGGACCUCAUUCCUCCCCAGAUUCGCACUCUCGUGCUUUUGCCGCCCGGUGCUUCGACCCCGUCGUCUGCGCAGCCGUGACAACGGAAGGAAGCAAACGAGUGAGCGAGCGCUUCUCCACAUCGCUCCGACCCAUAGACGUAAUUUUAGGGUAGGAUCACGCGGCACAUAACCGCGUAGCCUAUCUCCUCUGCGCCAGGGUACCCGCACCGCCCGGCGUUUGAUUUCAGUUUGUCACACGGGCUCCUUCAGGAUAUCGAACCUCCCGGCAGAU